UUGAAAUUCCAGACUCACCCAGACAACCCCCCCCCUCUCUCUCUCUCUCUCUCUCUCUCUCUCUCACAUUUUCUCUGUUUUCAGAAUCAUAAGAAAAAAUACAGAGAAAGAAAUUCAAUAUUUGUUUUGACCUAUCGGUUCUAUUUAUAUUGGCUAUUGGAUGAAAUAGGAAAGACCCGUUUUGGAUUUUGACUUGAGGGAAUUGUAGAGAAUGGCAUGCAGAGGGUGUUUGGAGUGUAUAUUGAAGCUUCUGAACUUGUUGUUGACCCUUGUGGGUCUGGCCAUGGUGGGCUAUGGGAUCUACUUGCUGGUUGAGUACGAAAGAACCACCACUAAUGCUCUUGUGUCCUCAUCAGUGAGCGGUGAUGGAAGUUCAGUGCAGCUUGGUCGACCACUGCUCAUGGGUGUUUCCCUAUCGGCUAGUAUUUUGGAUGACCUGCCCAAAGCUUGGUUCAUAUACUUAUUUAUCGCCAUAGGAGCAAUUAUCUUCGUCAUUUCUUGUUUUGGUUGCAUCGGAGCUAUAACAAGGAAUGGAUGUUGCUUGACUUGUUACUCGGUAUUGGUGAUUUUAUUAAUCUUGGUAGAGCUGGGAUGUGCGGCCUUCAUAUAUUUUGACAAAAGCUGGGAAUCAGAAAUUCCAACAGACAAAACUGGAGAUUUUGACAUGAUAUAUGCUUUUCUGGAAGAGAAUUGGAAAAUUGUCAAAUGGGUUGCUCUUGGAGCUGUUGUUUUGGAGGCACUGCUAUUCUUGUUAGCCCUUGUGGUCAGGGCAGCAAACAGACCACCAGAGUAUGACAGUGAUGAUGAGCUCAUUGCCUCAAGGCAACAGAUCAGGCAGCCACUCGUCAAUAGGCCACCAGUUCCAGCGACAGGUGUACCUGUUGCUGGCACUGUUGAUCAGCGUCCGAGUAGAAAUGAUGCUUGGAGUACACGUAUGAGAGAAAAGUAUGGGCUCGAUACUUCUGAGUUUACAUACAACCCAUCCGAGUCACAUAGGUACCAGCAAGCCGCUGCACAGCCAGCAGAGGAAAGGAGCCGAUGCACCAUCAUGUGAUGACUUGAUAAAUUUUUCCCAAAUUUGGGUUGGUUUCUGAAGACUGCUCAUAGACAGUUGUGUUUGUAACUUCACAUUUCUUCGUUCUUUUUCUUUUUGUUGAGCUUGUGUAAAAACACACGUUUUUCAUGAUCUUUCUUGUUCCCCAACCUUCUCGCUCUCCUCUUCAAAUGAAUUACCAUUUGGUGUGUAAAACUGUAAGGCUACAGUAGGUUUUUUUUUUUUUUUUCUUUUCUUUUCUUUUCUUAUGGAGUUGCAGGUGAGCAUAGUUUAUUUAACAAGAGUUAAUGAUGAUAUUCUGCCCA